GGAUUUAUUCUUAGUUAAAGAGGCUUCCGGUGGUGGGCAUCGAGCCACCAACGAGUUCUCAACUCCAGAGUUUGAAGACCAGGAAAGACAGGGUGCAUUGAAGAUGACCAUGUCCGCAACGGCUUCUUCUCCACGCAUCGUAGUUGUGCAUGGAAGCACUGCAUACACUACCACCGCCGCAAAAGGGAACAACGAUUCCUCCAGGAAGCACCGCGUCGUCAACAUAUCAUCUCCUUUUUUCUCAUUUGCUGUUGAUUAUUCGCGUAAUUCGAGGGGACCGCACCCACACCGGCUUAUUGGAUUUCGAUUACACUGUUCCGAUUCGGGAAAUUCAUCAUCAUCUUCUCCUUCUUCAAGUUCAACUCCAAACCCCCCGGCUCGGGGUUUUGGUCCAAAACCCAGUCCUUCAUUGUCUACUACUAGUAAGGAUAAGAAACCAACGAGAAUGAGAAUGGAUGACAGCAAGAGUUCGGUGCCACCAAUAAGGAAAUCAUCCUCUAAUCGCUCCAACAACAUUCCUAAUCUCAGCCGAAGCCAAAUCUUGAUUCAACCAGAGGCACUGCUUUUGAGUUCUCAAAGUGAUGGAAGAUCAGGGAAUAUUCCCACAGACUUUCAGUUUGAGGAACGGCUAGAAGCAGUUAAAAGGUGCUGGCCCAUCAGAUUUCUUUUGACUUUUGUUAAGAAUCCAUGUGUGAAUUGCACCACCUUGAUACAUGUGAUGGAAAAAAGGAGCAUGUUUGCACACAUUUGCGUUUCAUCACUCCAGCAAAAACAGGCAGAAGAAGAGGAACAAUAUGGAGCAAUUGAUUACGAGACUCCAACUGUGCCCACAAGUAAUACUGUUGGACUGGGUACUAAGAUUGGAGCUGCAGUCACAGCCUUGAUCUUUGGACUUGUUUUUGCUUUUGGGGACUUUCUUCCCUCUGAAAAAAUUACUCCGACCGAAGAAGCCACCACUGUUGUUGAAAAAUUUUCAGCUAAAGAGAGAGAAAGUCUAAAGAAGAGGCUGCAGCAAUUUGAGCAGACGCUGAGCAUCUCCCAAGACAAUCCCACUGCUCUUGAAGGGGCUGCAGUAACACUAGCUGAAUUAGGAGAGUAUGAUCGAGCUGCCUCACUCCUUGAGGAUUUGGCGAAGAAGAAACCAAGUGAUCCUGAUGUUUUCCGAUUACUAGGAGAAGUUAAAUAUGAACUCAAGGAUUAUGAAGGAAGUGCCAGGGCCUAUAGAAAUUCGGCAAUGGUGUCAAAAACUAUUGACUUUGAAGUAACUCGUGGUCUUACAAAUGCACUGCUCGCUGCCAAGAAACCUGGCGAGGCUGUCCAAAUGCUUCUUCCAAUUCGUGAGAUGCUGAAUAAUGAGAAAAAUGUUCACAAUAAUUUUGAGGCAGAGAGCAGCAUAGUGGAGAAAAGCUCUCAAUUGGAUCCCAUUCAAGUAAGCAUCUUUCUCUACCUAUGAUGUGCGGUAUACUAAUCAGUUGGUGUACUAUUUUUUCAGACAUGCCUUGCGA